GGGUGGCAACGCUACUAGCCUAUUGCUGCUGUUGCUGUAUAACUUCGAGCUUGAUGAGGGCUGUCUUAAGACGGAAUAUGCUAAGCAGAUAGGUUAGUGUUUAUGUGUGCUGCUGGAGAGAUAGGCUACUGUAACUGAGAGUGAGGUGGCGUUUCGUUUUCCAUACCAACUGUGCUGCGUGGUCAGUAAAGGCGACGUUGAAUAGACUGAGAUAUCAUUUUCGGUUAUUCCUUUCCUUUUCGUUUUUCUGUCGACACUGACAACAAACGCAGGUUUCCUGUGUGCAGUCUGGUAGUAAAAAGGACUUGGAAGCGAAAGGGAGUUUGUUCAAAUGGCAGCAAUGGCAAUUGGAAUAGAACUAUGCGGGGAUUAAUCGCUGGUGUUGCAGCCAUCGAAUUCACCAUAGCGCGUUUAUCCGUGGCAGCCCUGAACGUAGAGGGGGGCUGCACUGUGUCCUGGCCACAGCUUCACUUUCACGGUGCCAAUAGGUGUAUUCAGUUAUUUUGAAACAGUGCGGGAUUUGAUCUUGAACGUGCAAGGAAGGAACGCGUAAUCCGCUCAUUGAUGAACGAAUCCGUGGUACACCGUUUAUAAUUUACUCGUGAACCGAACUGUACACACUAUACUGUUAUUAUUACCAUUGCCCCAGUCUAGGAGAAAUACCAUGACCAUGCAGCAACCCGUUUUGAACUGUUGUGAUUGUCAAACGUGAAGUAGCUGUGGCUUGCUUUUCAAGGAGAAUAGCCAUAGUUUACCAGUUAUGGUGUUAAUACACUUAUAAUAGUCCACGACAUUCUACGUUUUAAAUCCACCCCGAACAGCAUAUUGGUGCUCUUUUUGUAAUACAGAGGAUUUAAUUGAUCAAUUCGCGCGGAGUUUGCAGUGACCCUUGGGGACUGCUGGUCUGGAAUAGCAACAAAGGACGGGGGCGUGCAUUCAUGGAAUGCAACUUUGACAGGUCUCCACUACAUAUCUACUGACUUUAUCAGCGGGCAACGGGGACGAGCUAGUAAUUGAAGGAGAGAUGGCCGAGAUCCCAACUCCCAGCCCUCUCCAUGAGUUGGACGUGGCCAUAGACCCAGACUUCGAGCCACAAAAACGGCCAAGAUCAUGCACCUGGCCGUUGCCCCGACCCGAGUCCAAUGCGGGGAAACCAGAAAGCAACGACACUGACAUUAUACCCGAGGAAGAGGAUGACGAAGAGGAACAACAUGCCACUUCCAUGGCCAUCAACGUCAAUGGCACCAGCUCCAGCCUGGGAGCAGACCACCAGAACAGCAACAGCCCUACGGCCGAAGGACUGCUGUCCGGACAGGAGAACGGAGGCUCCCCGCUCUCCUCCCACUCCCCUACGACCACUUCAGGCGCACUCGGCACCAGCGGCCCAGGUCCGCAGACUCCACGGAAGUCUUCGUCGCGCAGGAACGCAUGGGGGAAUCUAUCAUAUGCUGACCUGAUAACUAAAGCCAUAGAGAGCACGCCGGACAAGAGAUUGACUCUGUCUCAGAUUUAUGACUGGAUGGUGAGAUGUGUGCCGUACUUCAAAGACAAAGGCGACAGUAACAGUUCGGCUGGGUGGAAGAACUCCAUCCGGCACAACCUCUCCCUCCACAGUCGUUUCAUCCGUGUCCAGAACGAGGGAACAGGAAAGAGUUCCUGGUGGAUGAUAAACCCGGAGGGAGGGAAGGGCGGGAAGGCCCCCCGGCGCCGUGCUGUCUCCAUGGACAACAGCAACAAGUACACCAAGUCUGCCCGCGGCCGCGCAGCCAAGAAGAAGGCGGCCCUUCAGGCAGUGGUGGCCGGCGAGGGGGGCGGAGACAGCCCCUCAGGGCUUUCCAAGUGGCCGGGCAGCCCCACAUCACGGAGCAGUGAGGAGCUGGAUGCCUGGACAGACUUCCGUUCACGCACCAACUCCAAUGCCAGCACGCUGAGUGGGCGCCUCUCACCCAUCCUGGCCAACCCAGAGCUGGACGAGGUGCUGGACGAUGAGCCGCCACUAUCGCCCAUGCUCUACUCCAGUCCCGGCGAGGCACUGUCGCCUGGGAACACCCCCACGCCCAAUGGGAAGGGACUGCCCACAGAGCUGCCUCGCCUGGCAGACCUGGCGGGCACCAUGAACCUGAACGAGGGGCUGACGGACGACCUGAUGGAUGAGCUGCUGGAUAACAUCGCCCUGGCCCCCACCCCAACUGGACCAGCCACCCAGAGAGGAUCCUCCGGGCUCAGCUUUGGCUCCAAGCUUGCCGGACUGGGCACCUCCUCCCCAAUCACCUCUCCCUCUACUCCAUCCCCCUCUAAUGGUGCAGGCGGCGGUGGCUACUGUAACUCCAUCUUUGGUCCCCUCACAGCGGGCUCCUCCCUGCGGCCCGCCCCCAUGCAGACCAUCCAGGAGAAUAAGCAGACGUCCUUCUCCUGCAUCUCCCGCUUCGGCAGCCAGACCCUGCAGGACCUGCUCAACUCAGAGGGCCACAGCCACAGCGACGUAAUGAUGACCCAGUCUGACCCACUGAUGUCACAGGCCAGUGCCGCCGCUGUUAUCUCCCAGAACUCCAGGCGAGGCUUUGUUCUCCGCGGCGAUCCCAUGAUGACCUUUGGGACCACGGCGUUAGGGCAGGGGGUGCUCCUGCACAACCACAACCAGGGCUCCCUGAGGACACUGAACGGGGGUCCGAGCCUGAACAACGAGGCAAACAGCCUGGCCAACGCCAAGCAGCAGCUCCUGCACUCUCCACUGGGACUUGGAUCGAACGGCUCCUCCAUGAUGCAGAUUGACUCGUCCCUGUUCCUGAACGGGAGUGUUGGUGGAAGCGGUGGGAUCUGCUCGGUAGGCCCCGACCGCUUCCCUACCGACCUGGACCUGGACAUGUUUAACGGGAGCCUGGAGUGUGACAUGGAGUCCAUCAUCAGAAACGAGCUGAUGGACGCAGAUGGCCUGGACUUUAACUUUGACUCCCUGGCCAACCUGAACGGACCCAACCUGGGCAGCUUCACCAGCACCAAGCAGGGACCCCAGAGCUGGGUCCCUGGCUGAGAGAAAGGCCACACCCUAGAGGGGGCAGAGCAGGUACAAACUGUAGAGCAAGAGAAGAUCAGACACGUGACUGUCAGAUCCUCAAAGACCCCUGCAAAACAAACAAACAAUCUGAAAUCAUCACAACAAACUCAUCUCAGAAUUAUGCAAUCUUCCUUUGAGAAAACACCAGUCGGACAAAAUCUAUUGUAAAGAUACAGAGCGAGAUGGGCUGUGUUUUGUUUAUUUGAAGGGUUUUUGGGAAACAAGGACAUUUGGCAAGCAAGGUUGUAGUGUACAAGUGGUUCCUGGAAAAAAAGGACAAAAGAUAAACAAAAACAAAAGUGAUGUGGUGUAAAAUCUAAUACAGUGGUUUCUGGGAUGUGUUAUGUUGGAAAAUCUUCCUCAUUUUUCACUCAGUGAUUUUAAAUGUUUAAUGUUUGUUUUUAUAAAUUCCUGUUUUACCAUCAUCACUGUUUCUGCACCACAGUUGUUUUAUAAAAAAACUAUUGAUGAAAUGAUAGAGAGGAAGGAGACAGCCUCUGCACUCAAAAUAGCGACAACACACACACACACACACACACACGUUACACACACACCGAUGAUGUCAUAAACAAUAAUGGCAUGCAUUUCAGGUUUUUAGUGUUUUGUUGUUUUCAUUUGACAUGAGUUUGAUUGAUUAGUCACGGUUUUAAGACGACUUCUAUAAAAAAUUAUAAUAAUACAAUUAUCUGAAUACUGUAGAGAGAGAUUGUUAUCGUUUAUUUGUUUGGAACUGUAAAAUAGAGAUAAAAACAAGAAGAAGAAGUCUGUCCUGGAUCUGUGUACAGUACAGUGGAAGCAGAGGAGGAGUUUAGACCUUCUUUUCUAGUUAAUGGGUGGGGUAUGUCAACGUGUUGUAGUACAGCAUAUGUAGCCAAAAUAAAUACCUAUGUCCUAGCGUUGUGUACAUUUCCACGCCAUAACUGGUGCUAUGAUGUAAACAGUGUUUAAGUCCAGGCCCUAGCAAGCCGUGCAUUUUACCUAUCUGGCCCGGCGGGCCCCGCCGAGCUGUAGCCGUAGUCGUAGCAACGGCAGGGUGGCACUGAGAGGCCGGGAGGUUGUACAGUUAGCCUCCUCCAUCUCUGGCAGCCAUUUUGUUUUUCUUGAGUGAAACGAUAAGCUAUCUGUGUAUGUUGCCAAAUUACUUGAAACAACAUGUAGGAGAUGCUGGCAGCCAAAACAACAACACACACACACACAUCACACACACACACACACAUAGCGAAAAAUAAGAGCAGGGAUAUGUGUUUUAGCUCUGCUUGUUGUUUCGUUGUGGGCGUGUUAUUAUAUGCAUAUACCAUCACUCAGGGGGAAGAGGGAGCUAGCCCGUUCCAACGUUACACCAGGUCCCAUCUCCAUGGCAGAACUCACAACAACAUGUCCUUUGUUGGCAAAAAAGUAUUGCUUGUGUUGUAAACUUGUAACCUGUGAACUAUGACCUUUCAAGCGGAAGAGGAGAAAGAAAUCAGGAGAAGCGUCUGACUCUUCACUCGCUCCUGUCGUUUGUUUUUAUGUCGUUGUAGUUUUUUCUCCUCCUGUGGGACUCAUGACACGCGCACACACACCCCCCUCACACACACACCCCUAACACACACACCCCUCACACACACACCCCUAACACACACACACCCCUCACACACACAUCCCUAACACAGACACCCUUCGCGGACAUGCCUGGUGCUCCUACAGGUCUCUCCUGUAUCUCCUGUGUGUGUCUCAUUUAUUGAUCUGGUUUAUUGAUUUUGUCUCACGAGGAUAUGUUAUCCUUCGUUAUCCUUCAUGGAGCGUACAGCACCCCCUCUGUGUGCAUGUAUAUAUUUAUGCAUUAUGAACUGUGUGAAAUGCAUAUAUAUACUCACUCUAUGACCUUAUAUACUCAUGUAGUACUUGACCCUUGGUUUUUUAUGAUACCUCGGAAGGUAGAGUUGAAGAAAGAACAGAUCAUUACUUGCCGGGUAGGGGGGUGGACACUAUGCUAAUAUUAGUAACGCCAUUGUUGCUGAACCAGAUAGAGAACCAGGAAACCAUUCUUAUAGCAGCAUCCUGGCCUCUGGUACCCCUUCUGUGUCUGGGGUCUUUAUCCAGAGGGUUGCCCCGUCCUGUCUAUCCUCUAAAAUAGUGUACAAACGAACAAACGUGUGUGUGUUUGUCCGUCACCCAGAGGUUGAGGCAGAGGAGUGUGUUUGCAUGGCUGGGUAGAUGAUCAACUGUAGCAGUGUUACCUGAGGUUUACGGCAUGACAGCCCCCACCCCAUAGAGAUCCUAUGAAAUUACUAAAAGAGAUAUGUGAUAAACCCUCAUAGUUUCAGAAUGGGGUGAAAAUGGCAGCCAUAUUGGUCAGGGAGAAAUCCAAACGAUUUUAAUUGGAAUGAAUGGCUGUAGCGGCAUAAUUAUGUAAUAUAAUUAUUGUCAACCUAAAACAUUGUCAUGUAAAUACAGUUUAUACGGGUUUUAUACAAAUGUUCUGUAUAAAUAACCACUAAAAUACACUAUAUAUACAAAAGUAUGUGGACACCCCUUCAAAUUAGUGGAUGCAACCUUUCCAACAAGUUAGUUCGUUAUAUUUCUGCCCUGCUAGAGCUUCCCCGGGUCAACUGUAAGUGCUGUUAUUGUAAAGUGGAAACGUCUAGGAGCAACAAUGGUUUGGGGAAGGCCCUUUCCCGUUUCAGCAUGGCAAUGCCCCCGUGCACAAAGCGAGGUCCAUACAGAAAUGGUUUGUCAAGAUCGGUGUGGAAGAACUUGACUGAACUGCACUGACCCCUGACCUCAACCCCAUCGAACACCUUUGGGAAUGAAUUGGAACGCCGAGCCAGGCCUAAUCGCCGAAAAUCAGUGCCCGACCUCACUAAUGCUUUUGUGGCUGAAUGGAAGCAAGUCUCCGCAGCAAUGUCCCAACAUCUAGUGGAAAGCCUUCCCAGAAGAGUGGAGAUGUUAUAACAGUAAAGGGGGGACCAACUCCAUAUUAAUGCCCAUGAUUUUGGAAUGAGAUAUUCGACGUGCAGGUGUCCACAUCAUUUUUGGUCAUAUAGUUUAAUGUAAUCAGACAAUAAAGUCAAAAUGUUUGUUUUUCUUGGAAAUCUGUGAGUGCUUAAUAGCACUAAAAGUUGUCCAGUGGUGCACUCAGCUCACUCGGUAUGGGGAGAAUCUCUAUGAGUCCCCAUACACACAGCCAGGAGAGUAGAUCCCCUAAGCUUGGCAUCUAACCCCAUCUGUCUCUGGAACCUGUGACUUCCAACAAACCAAAAGUCUUCUAUAGCUCUUCACUGCACCUUACCCUAUAGACACAUCUCUGCAUUUUACUUUUCUCUCUGGAAGAGGGAAGUCCAAAGCCAUCACGCCAUUAGCACUGCAUUUCAACAUGUCUAUAGUGUACAGGCAGACAGAGAAGGGGAGAAAGAACCCAGUCAGCCCAGAACAGAUGUUCCACAGAUGCAUUCUUUGCUACUGAGUUUAGAGGAAACCGGAAGGCUCCUUUGGCCCCAUAAUGGUGGCACAUGCCAACCACAGCACAGUACUACCCCCGUGUCCAUGUCAAAGCUCUUCAUGAUCCUACUUUAUGCCCCUCGUUAGCCCCGUCCCCCACCUGCUCUCCUGUCACCUAUGCCCUCUGCUCUUUGACCUCUGUAGUAACCUCGCUUCUUCUCGACGAUGUUGAUGUAAGUGGGUAUUUUUCCUGUGUAUUCCAUUUUGAAUUGUAAUCUAGUUUGUAUAAGAAAUGGUGCGCAUGUAAAUAAAGCUUGGUGAAACUCCACACUCUC